AUGAGCAACUCCUACGAGACUGAUAUCCGGAGCUCGAUCGGCGCCAUCCUUCUGGGAGGAUUUGGAUCUGUUGCAUUAUCAGGUGUCAUAGCGCUGCAAACGUUCGUGUACUUCCGCUUGUAUUAUCCAGCCGAUCACGUCACGCUGAAGAUACUCGUGGCGUGGCUGUGGGCCGUCGACGCGGUCCAUACAUGUGUGAUCACUGCGUCAAACUGGGAUAACUUUGCUAUUCACUACGGAGAGAGGUCGAGAGGGGAUUACAUUCCGACCUACUACGCUCAAGUUCUCUAUAAACUGAGCGGAAGAAAGUGGUCUCUCGCUGCUCCAGUUGUGAUCCUGGCGUUCGCCCGUUUAGCCACUGGCCUAGUUUCUACUAUCAAAGCCGUACAGAUCAGGAGCUGGGCGGUCUUCGUCCCACACCAGACACCUGUGAUCACUCUGGGUUACUCUCUUUCCAUAAGUAUCGACGUUCUGGUUACUGUCUCAAUGUGCUGGUUCUUUGCGCGGUCGCGGUCGAGAGGAGGCUUAUCUAGCACGAAGAAACUGAUCGAUACGAUGGUGGCUUAUACCAUCAGUAGUGGCUUGCUGACAUUCAUCACGACACUCGCGUCAAUGAUAUGUAGGUUUGGAAAUGGGCAGUGGUUCGCCUUACGAGGCACUCUUAUCUUCAUGAGCACGCAUUUCCUUAUCGGAAAAUUCUAUACGCUGGCCCUUCUGACGAAUCUGAACACCCGUCGUUUCAUUCGCGAGCGCCACAACAGACAAUCAAGCGACCCAAGAGGUCUGAUGCGGCCCGUACUGGCGAGCGGAGACUCGAAGCAUCAUUGCACCAAUCCAACACAAUCUUCGAGCUCCGAAGCCACAGUCGUUGGAACGUUAUCGCCCAAACUUUCACCUCACAACCUACCAGUACAAGUCAGUGUCGAACGGACGGUAAGAUACGACGAGCCUCUGAUCCCACUCCGUAAGAUGGCAAGCACAGACACCGACUCCCGUCUUAACACCGGUAUGAGCGAGAGGGAGAGGGAGGCGGAGGUAAUCAUGGAGUACAACCCUUACGAUCGCGAGCGGACGGAGUAUGGUGGAGUGGACGCGCAUGAGAAUGGUGGUGGAACUGCGUGGAGAUUUAAUUAUGAUGUUUGA